UCGAUGUUUGAAACAAAGCUUCUGUUCCUGCAGUGCCACAAUGGACACACACUCUGUUCAAGCUGUAAAGCAAGGGUACUCAACAAAUGUCCCACUUGUAGGCAGCAGCUCGGUGAUAUAAGGUGUCUAGCUUUGGAGAAGAUGGUCGAAUAACUUGAACUGCAUUGUAAGAAUGAGGAGUUUGGAUGCCCUGAGAUCAUCCCUUACCACACCAAGCUCAUGCAUGAAGACUCGUGUAACUUCCAGCCAUACAGUUGCCCAUAGUAUGGAUGUCCGUGCUCUUCUGUUGGGGACAUUCCACUCCUUAUUUCUCACCUGACAAAUUAUCACAAGGCAGUCAUGCUCUAUGGCUGCAAGUUCAAACUUGAAUUUUUGAUAGAAGAUCUCUAUAAAUACCAAAGCUACAAAUGGGAUGUAACUAUCAUCAAUUGUUUUGACAUGGCAUUCCUCAGCCUGAUAGGCAACCAAGCAGAGGCCGGCAACUACAGCUACAACCUGGAGAUAGGUGGAAAUGGGUCGAAGCUUACUUUUGAGGGCAUCCCACGAAGCAUUAGAGAGAGUAAGAGGAGUAGCUUGGAGAGUGCGGACAGCCUCAUUGUGCUAGAAGGCAUGGCGUUUUCCUUAGGAGGGGAGACGAGAAUGCCCAUGCUUCGGGUUACAGGUCGGAUAUGGAAAGCCUAGAUUCCAGGAUAAAACUGGUUGAUUGAUUGAUACAAGGGUUUUUGAGAUUCAUCCCUCUGUAAUUUAUCUUCUUUUCACUCUAUAAACAUGUAAUGUAUCUUCUUUUCACUAUGUAAACAAAGACGAAGAAUCAUGAACAGAAUAUGAAACAACUGAUUGUGUAGAUUCGUGGAUUGAAUUAAUCCAUUUAGUGACACAUGAUAUAAAAAUUGGUGAUUUUACAAA